GGUCGAUGAUGGAAUCGCACAACCCCUACUGGGAGCAGGCCUUUUCGCAGCCCUUCUUCGACAACACGACCAAGAGGGACGUGACCACUACCGUGGGCCAGGGAGCAUACCUCAUCUGCAGAGUGCGGAAUCUAGGGGACAGAGCGGUUUCUUGGAUCCGAAAGCGAGACCUACACAUCUUGACCGUUGGGCUGCAGACAUACACCAACGACCAGCGCUUUCAGUCGCUGCACUCGGACGGAUCCGACGAGUGGACGCUCAAGAUCGGAUCGCCCCAGCUCCGGGAUUCGGGCACCUACGAGUGCCAGGUGUCGACGGAGCCAAAAAUCUCGCUCUCGUUCCACCUGAGCGUCGUGGUGUCUAAGGCGGCCAUCCUGGGCAACCCGGAGCUGUUCCUGAAGAGCGGCUCGGACAUCAACCUGACGUGUCAGGUGGUGGCGACGCCCGACCCGCCCUCCUUCAUCUACUGGUACCGCGGGCCCAACGUGGUCAACUACUCGCAGCGCGGCGGCAUCUCGGUCGUCACGGACAAGCAGACGCGGACCUCGACGCUGCUCAUCGCGCGCGCCCAGCCUGAGGACUCGGGCAACUACACGUGCUCGCCGUCCUCGUCGGACCCGGCCAGCGUCCUCGUGCACGUCCUCAACGGGGAGCACCCGGCGGCUAUGCAGCACGGCAACAGCAGCAGCGGGGCGACCCCGCCCGCGGCGGCCGAGGCGCUGCUCCUCGUGGUGUGCCACCUGGCGUGGAGCCUCGCCUUCGGCGGCCUCGCCCGCGGCCGGCACCCGACCGCCGCCAGCCUGCGGUGAUGAACAUCGCAGGCCUCGAGCCUGUGAGCGUGACGACCCGGUCACGGCCACGGCCGGCAGGGCCUCGGAGGAACUGGGCGGACAACAGCGUCCGUCAGCUGCAAAGCGGUGCAAAGUCCCGCUGUGGACAACGGGACACUGAUGUGGCACUUCCUUAUCUAAAAUGAUUUCUGUGAUCCUCGAUUAAUGUAGGUGCGCGUGUGAGAGAAGUGUGUGUGUGUGUGUGUGUGCGUGCGUGCGAGCGGUGAAGGUGCGUUCGUUCCGAGACAGUGCGAGUAGGGAAAUUCUUCAAGGACGUUCCAACAGUUUUGUAUGGAUGGGAGAGAAAAGCACUGGGAAGUUAAGUGUGAUACUUCAGUUUUAGGGAAAAUAUAAAAUAAUUGUUAAAAUGUGCAAUGCAUGGAGUCAUUGAAUUGUAUGUGCAUUAGAAAACCACUUUUUAGAAGAGCUCAAAGUGGCAUUGGGUGUUGAAAAGUCUGUCUUUUGAUUCCCUGUGGACCACAACACAGUGGUGCACUGCUUCAACUCACUGAAAGAACAUGACGUCUGUUCACACAGGCUCAUAUCAGUGGCUUUGGGUUCGCUCUUUUGGUUAUGUUAUAAUGAAUUGAAGGUCUGUGCUGUCGUUCUAAAAGUUGCAUUGUUAAUGGUCGAGAUUAGAUAAAAGGGGGGUAUAUGAUGUUUAAUCAUACUUGUGGUUUUCUUAUUCUUUUGACAAACAUUGAAAUUUAACUAAAAUAGAAGGGGCACGCCACUUGUUAACAUGACAUAAGUUAGUGACUUUUUAAAUGUAGGGAAAACAUACGUUUUAGAUGAGUUACAAGCUAUUUUGUAAAAGUGCAGAAGCUAGAAUAAAAUUUAUUAUUUUGUGUUAUUUUAUACAAUGGAUCUUUAUUUUGUCGCAAUGUUAUGUAAAUUUAACAAGUGGUAACCUCUUGAAUUAUUGUCUUUUUCAGUUGCAAAAGUCAAGUGACUCACUGUACGUUGACCAGCAGCUUUAUAAAUCUAAAUUUUAGUUGUUAUUUUCAGCACAGUUCAACAAUAAAAGCUCCUUUCAGUUUGUGAAUAAAUAACAUAGAUUGUUUCUCUAUUGAUUUAAUAGGAGUAUGACUGCCCACAUUAAUGCUGGUUCAUACUUUUAUUUCCCCAAAGCUAUCUCUUUACUUCAGAUAUUAAAAUUUCUAAUUCAAAUGUCAAUAUUGUAAAUAAAAAGAUGAAUAUUUCUAUUAAUGUCUAGAAGGAUGACUGGGAACACGGUAACGCUUUGAAGUUAAAUGUGAAUCUAGUUGGCCAGUCCUUCUGUGAAAACCUAAGGAGGGAACUGUGCUAAGUUGACGAGCCCUGUACAAAAAGUGCAUUGUGUUUUGUAAUCACUGUAAAUAAUAAUAAAAAUGCCUAUAAGCUAAAUGGAA